GGGAGCCGGGAGCCGGCAGCGGGGAGCGGAAGGAGGGGUGCGUGGCGCUCCCGAGACCUGCCCCCGCUCCAGGCUUCCGGGCCUCAGUUUCCCUCUCAGAGCUCAGCGUGCCCCUGGAUGGCUCUGGGUGCAAAGUGCAGCCAAAACUGAGAAAAGGGGAAGGCAAGCCGUGCCCAGGAUGUGCCAGUCAUUGUGCCAGCGGCUUUGCACAGAUGAUCCACCUCGAUACUGCCUGGGGCAGUACGUGCCGUUUUUAUCCUCAUUUUACCGGAGAGGAAACUGAGGCAGGCACUGGCAGGGUCACAGCCAAGGAGUGUCUUCGGCAGAAUUUGAACUCGGGUCUUCCUAACUCCAGCGCCACUGCACCAGAACAGGCAGACACAGACGGAGGGGCCGAGGUCCAGGCCCAGGCCAGGGAAGGGAACAGCUGAGUCCCUGUAACCAGACCCUGCCCAGCUGCCCCUGCCCUCAUGCUCUGGGUAUUUUUAACCCAUGCCCCCAUGGGCUCCAGGCUCUGCCCUGGCCUCAGUGUCCCCCCUCCCUCAGCAGAGGCUCCAAGAGACCCCCCCCCCCAGGCCCCUGGAUGCUGGCCCAGCCAGAGGCCCAGCAGGGAUGUGCAGGGAGAAGAGGGGAGGGCAGGGCCUGGGGCCAGUCCCAGAAUAGCUGCUGCCUUGGAGGUAAAAUUAGCCCAAUGGGGGGGGGGACAGUAGCCCCAGGGCCAAGCUCAGAGGGCAUCAGGAGGCCUAGGGAGAGGCAGAGAGCCUGGGAGAGCCGAGCAGCCUGAGAAGGGACAGAGGCACAGAGGCCGGCACAGGCAGAGACCGGGUGGCCCACGCUGGGCCCACGGUCUGGCUGACAUCAUGGGGUCCCUUUGGCCCGGCCUCCUCCGCUGUGCCUUCUUCUUCCUCCUGCUGUCAACCUCCAGGCCCCCCCAGGGCCUCUCCACCGCCCAGGACUUCCCGGAUGUUGCCCUGAACCCCCCAGGAGGCCCUCCCUACUCGGCAGCUGCUCCAGGCCACAGUCCAGGGGGCCCCCCGGAAGAAGAAGACACCUCAGCUGAGUCUGGGCUCUGGGGGGCCCCGGGCUUCGGCCACCCCGAGGAGGAGGAGGAAGACAGCGGCCCUGAGGACGGGUCUGUGGAACACGGGCACUGGGGGGGAGAAGAGGAGGAAGAUGACUCCCAGGAGCAGGAGCAGGGGGCCGGAGGCCUGGGGGAUGAGGAUGAGGAUGAGAGUGCCUCGGAGGAGCCAUGGGGCAGCCCCAAGCCCCAAGCCCAGGAGGAGGAGGAGGAGGGCAUCUCCCUGGAGCACAGUCCUGAGGAAUAUGACCACCCAGGGCAGGAGGAGGAGGAGGAAGGCCCAGCAGCAGAGCUGGGGGCCUGGGGGAGCCCCAGAGGUGACUCCAUAGACCAGGACCUGGGCCCACUGCCUCCAGGUCAGGAGGAGGACGAGGAGGAGGAAGGGGAAGACUCUGAAGCCCAGCACAGCCACUGGGGAGGCCCUGGAGGCAGCCAGGGGCCUCCAGACCAAGAGGAAGAGGAUGCGGGAGAUGAACUCCUGUCUGCUGAGGUUCCCGGAUGGGGGAGCCCCCGGAGCCCCAGGGAAUCUGAAGAGGAGUCUGCUGAAGAGGACCACAGGCAGGAGGGCAGCAGGGUCUCUACUGCCCAUGAGCAUGGGCCUCGGAGCCGGGAGGAGGAGGAGGAGGAGGAGGAGGAGGAGGAUGCCAGUGUGGAGGAAGAGCCCUGGGGGGGUCUGAGGCUCCCAGCCCAGCAGCAGGAGGAGAAGGAGGAGGAGGAGGAGGAGGAGGAGGAGGAUGCCAGUGUGGAGGAAGAGCCCUGGGGGGGUCUGAGGCUCCCAGCCCAGCAGCAGGAGGAGGACGAGGAGGAGGAAGGGGAGGAGGAAGGCCACAAGAGAAGCCAGGAGGAGGCUGAGCAGGAGGAAGUCUCCAUCGAGCGAGAAGUCUUGGGCUCUGAGGUCCCCGGAGAGGACCAAGAAGCAGAGGCUGCCGAGGUGGAGGCCAGAGAGAGCUUUGAGAAAGUGGCCAGCAGGGUGCCUGGAGAUGAGAGCCUGGAAGACGACAGUGAGGAAGAGGAGGAGGAGAAGGAGAGAGCCAGGGGCCAGGACCAGGACGAGGGGGAGGCAGAGGAGUACCAGCCAGGCUCGUUGUGCCACUACUGUGAUUUCUGCAAGAGAUGUACGGAGUGUGAGUCCUGCCGCUGCGACGAAGAGAACAUGGGCGAGCACUGCGACCACUGCAAGCACUGCCAGUUCUGCUAUCUUUGCCCUCUGCUCUGCGAGACCGUCUGUGCCCCUGGAGGCUAUGUGGACCACUUCUCAUCCAACCUGUUUCAGGCUUUGGCGGAGAUGGUGGAAACCCCAGAGCCGUGAUGAACUUCUGGACAAAAACCCCACCCCCACUUCCGGCCCCGCUCGCUUAUUUAUUUCGAAUAAAUUCGAUCCUUCCUGGGACGCGCAAGGGAUUUCUGGGAUUCUGAGCUGGAAGGACCAUCUGGGUAAUCCUCGCCCCAGAGGGCUAGGUUGACCCCUGAGAGGAAGGGGCGAACCUAGGGGUCUCUAGGAAAUAAAUGAGAGGAGGCGGA